CCACGACCAAGUAUUUAACUGAUCAGCUUUGUCAGUGCCCCUUGCCCACACCCAACUUCUUUCGUAUCUGGUGAUAUCAAGACAUCGAUUACGACGCCUGUCUUGCAUAUAAAGCUUGUGUCUUAGAGCACGCACUCGACUCGAACCUGCCCCCCUGUCUGUCUCUGCUUUGCGUUUUCACGAUACAUUCACGACGCACGACAAUCUGAUCGUCAACAAUGCUUCUUUACUUCACUUCGAGGAUCAUCAGCUCAGCCGUAGCUUUCCUCUAUCCUGGAUAUGCCUCGUUUAAGACACUCUCACAACGGCCUGCUUCUGAAGAAGAGCUUGAGCGAUGGCUCAUGUACUGGUCCGUACUAGGAUGUAUCAUCGGCGUUGAGUACGUCGCCGAGUGGCUCGUGUCAUGGAUCCCCUUCUACUACCCUAUAAAAACGAUUUUCCUCCUCUACCUCGCCCUCCCCCAAACCCACGGCUCCACCUACAUCUACCAAUCGCACCUCCGCCCCCUCCUCACAACGCACGAAUCCCAAAUCGACGCCGCCCUCGCCCAACUCAAAACGCGCGUUUUCACCUUCCUCACAGAACGUCUCCGCGCCCUCUGGGAAAUCCUCGCUGCCUCUCUCUACGGUGGGAACGCUGGCGCUCCUGGUUCAUCUGCGGCUGGUGCUGGUGCUGGUGCGGGAGGGUUCUUUGGUGGUGCUGGUGGUGAGGCGGCGGGUGGCCCGCCUCCGAGUAUGGGAGAUCCGGUGUCGGGACCUGCGCAGAUGUUGGGGAGUUUAUGGAGGACUUACGGGCCUGUCAUCGUCGCCGGUGGGGCUGCGUUGCUUAAACAAGCUCCUGCUGGAACUGCUGCUGCCCCGCAAGGAAGUGGCGAAGGUGACAGAGCGUUCAUGUCUCCGCCCUCUGGGCCUUCGAGACUCGGAUCGACGCAGUCGGUGUUGGAGAGGAAGAAACAGCUCGAGGCUGAGCUUGCGGCGCUGCAGAAUGCGAAUGUGGAGGGUUAUGAUGUUAGUGAUGGGGGACUGGAAGAGAGCGGGGCGACGUUGAUGCCGCGAGCGGGAGAGGGGGCGAUUAGGACGAGGACGAGCAGUUCGGCGAGCGAUAUGAGGGAGAGGGCGGGAGCGAGGUUCGAGGAAGUUGAGGUGCCGAGCGAUGAGGAGAGGGAACAGCCGGGACGGAUGGGGGAGAGGUCGGGGCAGAGUCAGGGGCAGCAGCCGGCGCGGAGGACGAGUUGGUUUGGAUGGGGAGCGGCGGCGGAGGACGAUAGAGCGAAGAGGGAUUAGAAUAAGUAUGAGGUGCGGGACUCGUCUGUUCACUGUGCUCGUCGACUUUCAUCCUUCAGCUGCACUCCGUCAUUCGCGCCUCUCGCAAUCACUACAGUCACUCUCGGGCUUACUAUUUACGUUGCAUUCGCUUUCCCUGGCAUUCAGACCGGACCACUGGCAAUCAUAUUCUCUGUACUAUAUAUUAUGUAUUUGUUCUUCACGCAAUUCAGUCUGUACAUAAAGCGAUGCCAGAUUCAGUGUAGCGUUGGAGACAUUGACGACAGGUAUUUAUUCGAACAUUUUCCUCCAGUUUGAUCACCAUGGUCUCGUCUCAGUUCACCACAUCUGCCCCGUUCUCAAGCAACAACUGCACAAUGGCUUGGUGACUGUUUGCCAAUGCAGCCUGGAUGGCACU